UCCUUGACUACCCAGCUUACCUGCUCGGAGUGGACAAAGAGUACCUCAGGACAAAACUGACCAGUCGAGACAUGGACAGUAAAUGGGGAGGCAAAUCCGAGGUUAUCCAUGUGACACUGAAUGUGGAGCAGGCAGAAUUCUCACGUGAUGCUCUGGCUAAGGCCCUGUACAGUCGAAUGUUUGACUACCUUGUCGAGGCGGUCAACCGUGCCAUGAGGAAAGACAAAGAAGAGAUCAACAUAGGCAUCCUUGAUAUUUACGGGUUCGAAAUUUUCGAGAAGAAUGGAUUUGAACAGUUCUGUAUUAAUUACGUCAACGAAAAACUACAGCAGAUUUUUAUAGAGCUUACACUGAAGGCAGAACAG